AUGAAAGAAAAGGUUCACAUGUCGAAUCGCUGCUCUCAGUUAAUUUUAGCUAUAUACGUUAUAGCAGUUCUUUUGUACAGCGGCGUGUACGUUAAUGUCUUUUUUAAUAUUGGCGGUGGUGAUUCUGACAUUGAUUUGACAGAUUUGGUAAUGAAAAUGAAACUUCCAUUCACUUAUAAUGAAGCGGCGUACCGAUACGUAAUGAUCGGACAAGCAAUUCAAUUAAUGUCGGUAGCUUGCGCCAUUGGUACAAUAGAUUGCCUAAUGAUUGCAAUGAUACUACACGUUGGUGGACAGGUAGAAGUGAUACAUCAGACGCUGGCAGAAAUAUCUCCCGAUAAUAAAGAGCACAGUUUGUCAAAUAGUGCUGUCAAAUAUUUGGUUACCAGACACCAGAAGAUUAUUAACUUUACAACAUACAUUGACAGUCUAUUCUCGUAUGUUGCUUUAAUGCAAAUAUUAUGCAACACGUUUAGUAUAUGUGGUGUGGGUUUUCUAGUUGUGGUAAGUACGUCAAUUUAUAAAGCAACAUACAAUUCAAUUUGGUAUCUUCUGAAACCAGCUAAUAGUCGUUUAAUGUUACUAUUUAUGGUGAGAGCUCAGAGACCGUCAACAAUCACCGCUGGCAAAAUUAUGGACCUAUCAUUACAAAGAUUUGCAAAUGAUUUAAAGGAAGAAACUAAACGUUGCGUGACAUGGGAUCACCCAGCACGGUUAGCAAGUCCGUCAGUGAAACGUCUUGGGACUGACAGUCUCGUAGAUCUGAUCGACAGUUUGAGUGUCGUUUUGCCGGACACUUUAGUAGCUAUUAAGUUAACCGUCGCUUGGAUAAAUCAUGGUCGAGGAAGACUGAUGCCUGAAUUAUUGAUACCUCGCAGUGUCUUACGUGAUAUUUUAUCAACAAUGCAAGAGGACUACAAGAAAUACGCUGUCAUCGACACGAAUAAUUUGAUACCGAAAGCGGCGAAUCUUUCGUUUCGGUUAACGACUGCGAUCGCUAUGCUCUAUCCGACGGCCACGGUUUUUUAUACGAUCGGUACUCUUGGAUUUCAACAAACCAACGACUCGACGACUCGACGUCUCCUCUUGAACAUGGAUUUGCCAUUCGAUACCAGCGAAUCCCCUAUUCACGAGCUCGUGAUAACGUCUCAAUUUCUCUAUAUACUGACAUCAUCAUUUACGUUCGGCAUCUUCAGUGCUCUGUUUUUGAUGCUGACGCUUCACGUGGGAUGUAAUAUUGAUAUAUUGUGCAACACGCUUCAGGAUCCGUUUCUCCUGGACAAUGAACAAAUACGAUUCUUCAUCAGCAGGCAGGAAGAAAUCGUUGUAUUCGUAAACAAAAUUGAAUCGCUCUUUACUUAUAUAGCGCUCUGUCAACUACUGUCGAACACUUUGAUUACAUGUUGCUUAGGUUAUCUUAUCAUUAUUACAAUAAGCACCGAAGAUAGUAUUUCUAUGCUGAUCAAAUCUGUUCUCUUCUAUUAUGUUAUUUGUUUAGAAGCGUUCAUAUAUUGCUUCGUUGGAGAGUACCUCGAUAUUAAGAGUAAGAUGAUCGCCAAUGCAGCAUACGAAUCGCUCUGGUACAACUUAAAGCCGAUUAACAGUCGGCAACUGGUACUUUUAAUAAUGAAAGCUCAGAAGGGACUACCACUUACUUUUGGAAAGUUCUCGAAUCUCAAUUUGGAAAGCUUCACCAGCAUUAUGAAGGCUUCAGCAUCAUACAUGUCAGUGCUUCUCGCGAUGUCUUGA